CCGGAACUGCCUCCCAGUGCCGGCUUCUGUCUGGGUGUUGAGUUCCGGCACCAGAGUUCCCGGGCCUUUUGGCCUGUGCGGUCUGCACCUUUUUAAGCAGUGGAAUUCUCCAGUGCUUUACUGUUUUCUUGUUACGAUUAUUUAUUUUAUUUCCUGUGGUGUUUCAGCCUUCAUCCCUUCACCGUUUUUUUUGGUUGUUGUUGUUUUUGAGACGGAGUCUCGCUCUGUCGCUCAGGCUGGAGUGCAGUGGCGCAGUCUCGGCUCACCGCAACCUCCGUCUCCCGGGUUCUAGCAAUUCUAUUGCCUCAACCUCCCGAGUCCCUUCACCGUUUUUAAAGACUAAUUGGAGUAACUGGCCUUGGAACCUGUAGUCAGUCAUUUGCCUCAGGUUUACCUGCCAGUCCCACCCGUUUAAAGCAAGGGAAUUCGACCCCCUUGUCUUGAAUGGGCCUAAGAGGAGCGGUCGGUUCUGUUCCUUUCUUGGUGGAUAGCCGUUUAAAACUUGGAGGAUGGACUCUACGAACUCUAGACGGCGACGUUCUUAGAUGUUUUCGUUCAGUGAGGUUCUGGAACAUUUCAACUGCAAGUCCGCCUUCCUUGGUUGACUCUGGAGAUGUUUCACCAAGCAGAAGAAUUCUUAUCUAAAACAACAAACAAUGAGGUGGAUGACAUGGACACAUCAGAUACCCAGUGGGGCUGGUUUUACUUGGCAGAAUGUGGGAAGUGGCACAUGUUUCAGGUUUUCACAAUCAUGUAUUUAGAAGAAACAGUAUGUGUUUACUGUGUGUACAGAGGGUGAAUGUGACUGAGAGUUGCAUAGUGUCAGUACAUCUGAGCAACUCCAAGUUUGAUUUGGUGAACAAAGAGAAAGGGAAGAACAAAUCCAUAUUAAACACUUCUGUAUGCCAGCCGGAUACCAACAGUCAGUGUUCAGUUAGCAGUGAAGAUAUCGAAAAAAGCUUCAAAGCAAACCCUUGUGGCUCCAUUUCUUUUACUACUUCCAAAUUCAGCUACAAGAUAGACUUUGCAGAAAUGAAGCAAAUGAAUCUCACCACUGGAAAGCAGCGCUUAAUAAAAAGAGCCCCCUUUUCUAUCAGUGCUUUCAGUUAUAUCUGUGAAAAUGAAGCUAUCCCUAUGCCACCACACUGGGAGAAUGUGAAUACUCAAGUACCAUAUCAGCUUAUUACUCUGCACAAUCAAACACAUGAAUAUAAUGAAGUUGCCAAUCUCUUUGGGAAAACGAUGGAUCGCAACCGAAUCAAAAGAAUUCAGAGAAUUCAAAACCUAGAUUUGUGGGAGUUCUUUUGCAGGAAAAAGGCUCAGCUCAAGAAAAAAAGAGGUGUGCCUCAGAUUAAUGAACAAAUGCUAUUUCAUGGUACCAGCAGUGAAUUUGUGGAAGCAAUUUGUAUUCAUAACUUCGAUUGGAGAAUAAAUGGUGUACAUGGUGCUGUCUUUGGAAAAGGAACGUAUUUUGCUAGAGAUGCUGCUUAUUCCAGUCGUUUCUGCAAGGAUGACAUAAAGCAUGGAAACACAUUCCAAAUUCAUGGUGUCAGCUUGCAACAGCGGCAUCUGUUUAGAACAUACAAAUCUAUGUUUCUUGCUCGAGUGCUAAUUGGAGAUUACAUAAAUGGAGACUCCAAAUACAUGCGACCUCCUUCCAAAGACGGGAGCUAUGUGAAUUUAUAUGACAGCUGUGUGGAUGAUACCUGGAACCCAAAGAUCUUUGUGGUUUUUGAUGCCAACCAAAUCUAUCCUGAGUACUUGAUAGACUUUCAUUGAUUUCACUUCCAAAUCUCAGUUGUCAAGAAGGCUUUAUUCCUUUUUGCAGGAAGAUUUGCUCUCCAAUCGUCUAGCCACUAAAUGUUAAUUAUCUGAUAUGAAACAGAUAGGAAAAAAAGGUGGCCUCUAUAUAAAAAGACAAUACUGACUUUAAGGUUGGUUUUUGCCUGUUUCUUGUAGUCUUGUUUGUUAAAAAUUGAUAACAUUGUCAUUUUAACGCAUGGGGUGAAAGAUACCAUUCAAAAUGGAAUCCGAUGAGUGUUAACUAAUGUGGUCAUUCAGAUCUUUAAAGUUUACAUGUGUGUUAUAAAUGACUAGUUCAAAUAGACUUACUCGUAUAAAUGUUGAAAAAAUAGAAAUACAGACAAAAAGAUGUCCAUUUAGAGGAAUUGAUCCUUUGUAAAUUGAAUUCAGGUAGUAGUAUCAUCCACCAAUUCAUAUGUUGCUUUGUUGGUCUUCUGAAGGAGGGAUUUAAAACUCUGAAACAAUCUGAGUACCUUGAGAGAAAUCCGAAACCACAAUUAUUUGCAGUGCUGUCAAACAAGUCAGAAGGAGGAAAUCAAGGUAGAGUGUCCUGCUUUCCAGUUGCCUUAGGAUAGCAGGCUGCAGCCUCAGACUUACUCCUGUCAUUCUCCUCUGUCUCCUACAUCUGAGUUGAUAAUUGCUGCAAAAUAUCAUUAGCCUACACUUCAUCCACCAGGGCUCUUGGAUUCUUGCACCACCACUUGCUGUGCAAGGUAUUUAUUGCAUCUUCAAAGUGAAACUUCAAAUUAUUAUUCAAACAUUUAUUUUCCUUUUGUUUUAGAAUCCCAACAAUGAUCACUUCAAAGAUUUUUUUUAACCUUUUCCCCUGCAGUUCACACAGCUAUUCAACAAUUAUUUCUAAAAUUCAUAUUUUAAAUUUGUGUCUCUCCAUUUUGAAACAUUAUAGAAAGCAUGGAAUGCUUGAGACAAAUCUGGUUUAUCCUUUUAAGUAGCUUUUGACAACCUACUCUCUUGAAAAGUUAAGUAUAAUUUUUAAUCAGGCUUAGUGGAAAUUUGUUUACCUGUUCCAUCUGUUUUGCUGUUCCAUUGUAAGGCAGAUGAGAAGUGUUGGAACACCUUCCUUCCCCUAAAGGUGUUCUAGCAGAGGCGAAACAGCAACUUGGCAGGCACGUUGUAUAGGAGUUCAAGCACCAGAUGGGAAAUUGCCCGUGUGAUGGGUAAGAGUCUUUCACCUUUCUUUCUUUCCUUUCUCUUCUUUCUUUUGUCUUUCUGUAUUUCUCUUUCUCUUUCCUUAUCUUUCUCCCUCCAUCCCUCCCUCUCUUCCUUCCUUCUUCCUCCCUCCCUUCCUCCCUUCCCUCCUUCCUUCCUUCUUCCCUCCCUUUCUUCCUUCUCUUUCUUUCCUCCCUUCCUUCCUUCUCUUUCUUCCUCCCUUCCCUUUCUUCCCUCCUCUCUUUCUCUCUCUCUCUCUCCCCCUUCCUUCCCUUCCUUUCUUUCCACUCUCUCUCUCUUUUUUUUUUUUUGGCAAAGUCUUGCUCUGUGCAGUGGCACGAUCUCAGCUCACUGCAACCUCCAUCUUCUGGGUUCUGCCAAUUCUCCUGCCUCAGCUUUCCCAAUAGCUAGGACUACAGGUGCACACCACCAUGCCCAGCUAAUUUUUGUGUUUUUAGUAGAGACAGGGUUUUGUCCUGUUGAACCCCUGACCUCAGGUGAUCCGCCUGCCUCAGCUUCCCAAAGUGCUGGGAUUACAGGCCUAAGCCACUGCGGCAGGCCUGAUUCUCUGUGAUUCUACCUUUAAAAGAGAACACACGCACCAAGCCUUUUUCAGAAAGCUUUUCUCUAACUCUAAUAGCGAAUUUUCUCUCUAUUAUCCUUGCCCAAUUUUGACUGAGAGUUAGUGAAUACAAUUUAACUUCUUAAAAACUUCCAGUGUCUUAUGCUUAUAUUGUUCACUUAAAUCAUUUGAAUUAGAAAGGCAUCUACAAAUAAUAAAAGUAAAGAGUAUAGACUUAGAUACUUAGAAGACUUCUUCAAGUGCCAUCAUCCCCCAGAUUUCCAUUAAAGCAUUUGUGUAAUUGUGCAGUGGGAGGUAAGUAGUACCCAGGAAAUUACAUGUACAAUACUUUGAAACAAAAUGGUAACAAAGAUUUCCUGACUCAGGUAUGCAGUCUAACUGCUGGUUUAGAUGAAGUGCUGAGAAUAUUUAUUUAGAAAAAGCACUCUAAAAAGCAUCUAGAGAUUAUCAUGAAAAUAAUUGGAGGCAAAGUCACUAGGCUGCCUUGUGAGAGGUAGCACACCAUGGCUCUAAACCUGUUCAAAAAAAUUAAUGUUAGAGACAUUAGGAAUUCAGGUUUUGAAAACCUUUUUUUUUCUAUUUAUUUGUUAUUUAUAUACAAAAAAAACCAUAUUAAAAUAGUCCUCCCUUCAACGUGGCUUUUUUCAAGUUUAACAGGCAUACCUGUCUCAGCACUUGUAUGGAAUAACUGUUGCAGCAUUUGGGAGUUAUUUUUCUUUUAGACAUUUGCAGAUCAGUAUUUGUGAGGCUAUCAAUGUGAACUCUGAACUUACCUAGUUGGUUUAUAUGAAAUAUGUAGAAUGCACUGCAGUAGCCAUUGUAAGAAAGUACUGUGAUUUUUUUGUUUUUGUUGUUGUUUGGUCUGAGAAUGUACUGCCAACCCCUCUUUUAUACAAGAGAACUGAUUUUGAUACAUAUUUUAAAAUAUGAUAGUAUAGAGUUAAUGGAUGUUAAAAUUUUAUUUCUUUGUUUUGGUAAGUAGAUCGAAUUGAGAAUUAUAUGAUCAGUACAUUUGAGAAUUAGAUGACCAGUAAGUAUAUAAUAAGACUGGGCACAACCAUUUGCCAUCUUCUUCUGUUAUCAUCACAUAGUGUGGGUGGGGAGAAUGAAUAAAAUCACUCUAGAAUAAUGAUAAAUGGUUUUUGAAACUCUGUAUUGAAUACAUUCCAGCUGACAAUGACUUCUUUUUCACUUUGGUGAUAUCAGCCUCAGGGUAAAAAAAUGUGUUUAUAAAAAAUAGUUUCAUAAAUCUUUUAGUUAUAAACAGGAAAGUUUUAUAUUAGUGUGUCAUUUCAUUUCUAGACUGUUGAUGUUGAUCAUGAUAAAGAAUUUGGAGCCAAUUUUGAUAUUUGAAUGUAUUGUUUUUACAUGUGAUGAUUAAAGUUCUCUGUUAGCAGUU